GGCCCGGAAGAAGAAGAGCGAAACGUCAAUUUGUUGAGGUCAAGCUCCAGAGUUUGUUUUUGGGUGUUAUUUUUGUUGUGGACGGUUUUUCUGGCUGUGAAUAAUAAUUUUGUGUAGCCAAAUUAUUGGAUUUGAUAACCCCAACACGGUCCAAUAAUGUCGGAUUCGGAGGCGAGCGCGUACUCCGACAAUGAGAAUGGAUCGGAGGCGGGUUCGGUGAGGUCCCGCAGCUCUCGUGGCAGUGCGCGCAGUCGCAGUCGCUCACCGUCCCGUUCGCCGUCCAGAAGCCGUUCGCGCAGCCGCAGUCGCAGCCGGUCCGGAAGUCGAUCUGGUUCUGAGGCGAGGGAGGCACGUUCUGGCGGCGAAGACGUGGCGGACGAGGAGGAGCCAGAAGGAGAAAGCUUAGACGAAGAUGAGUACGACAGCGAAGAGGAUGAAAGCGACGACGGACGUCCGGCCAAGCGUAAGAAAGGUCACAAGGACCGGUUCAGGGAUUUCAUCAUCGACGAGGCCGAAGUAGACGACGAAGUCGAAGAUGAGGACGAAUGGGAGGAUGGUGCCCAGGAAAUCGGCAUCGUGCCCAACGAAGUGGACGAAUUCGGUCCCACAGCUCGGGAAAUCGAAGGCAGAAGACGUGGCACCAAUCUGUGGGAUGCACAGAAGGAGCAUGAAAUCGAAGAGUACCUCAGGAAGAAGUACGCCGACGACACAGCGGCUGCCCGUCAUUUUGGAGAUGGUGGCGAGGAAAUGUCAGACGAAAUUACGCAACAAACCUUGUUGCCUGGGGUUAAAGACCCCAACUUGUGGAUGGUUAAGUGCAGGAUAGGCGAGGAAAAGGCCACCUGUUUGUUGCUGAUGAGGAAGUUCCUGGCGUUUCAAAACACUAGCGAACCCCUACAAAUUAAAUCAGUUGUCGCCCCUGAAGGUGUAAAAGGUUACAUCUACAUUGAAGCCUAUAAACAACCUCAUGUUAAGGCGGCGAUAGAAAACGUCGGUAACUUAAGGAUGGGCAUGUGGACCCAGCAAAUGGUUCCCAUUAAAGAAAUGACGGACGUUUUAAGAGUGGUCAAAGAACAGACUGGUCUUAAGUCCAAACAGUGGGUCAGGCUCAAGCGUGGGUUGUACAAAGACGACAUUGCUCAAGUGGACUACUUUGACAUGGCCCAGAAUCAAGUCCACUUAAAAUUACUCCCGAGGAUUGACUAUACGAGGCUGAGGGGUGCCCUCAGGACCACCCAGACUGAGUCAGAGGCGGAAAAGAGGAAGAAAAAACGUAGGCCGCCAAGCAAGCCUUUUGAUCCCGAAGCAAUCCGUGCUAUCGGCGGAGAAGUUACUUCGGAUGGUGACUUCUUGAUUUUCGAAGGCAACAGAUACUCCCGUAAAGGGUUCUUGUACAAAAACUUCACCAUGAGUGCCGUGCUGAUUGAAGGAGUGAAACCAACGUUGGCGGAACUCGAACGCUUCGAGGAACAACCCGAGGGCAUAGACUUGGAGUUGUCCACGGAGAAAGAGGAUAAAGUCGUGACGCAUUCCUUCAGCGCCGGCGACAACGUGGAGGUAUGUGAGGGUGAAUUGAUCAACCUGCAAGGUAAAAUCAUCAGCAUAGACGGCUCGGUGAUUGCCAUGAUGCCCAAACACGACGACUUGAAGGAGUCGUUGUACUUCCAAGCUAACGAGCUGAGGAAGUACUUCAAAAUGGGUGACCACGUCAAAGUGUUGGCGGGCCGUUACGAGGGUGACACAGGUCUGAUUGUACGGGUUGAGAACAACAGGGUGGUGCUGAUUUCUGACUUGACGAUGCACGAAAUGGAGAUCCUGCCUAAGGAUUUACAGUUGUGCACUGAUAUGGCGUCAGGUGUUGAUUCUUUGGGUAAAUUCGAAUGGGGUGACAUGGUUAAUCUGGACGCUGAAACUGUGGGCGUCAUUGUAAGGCUUGAACGUGAGAAUUUCCAUGUUUUAAACAUGCACGGCAAGGUUGUUGAAUGUAGACCUGGUUCGUUACAAAAACGGCGAUUGAAUCGCUUCACAGCCGCCCUGGAUUCGUAUCGCAACAGUUUACAUCGGAGGGAUAUGGUCAAAGUUAUCGAUGGGCCGCAUAACGGUUUCUCAGGGGAGAUAAAACAUUUGUACAGGAAUUUUGCCUUCCUGUACUCCCGUACGUAUUUACAGAACGGUGGUAUCUUCGUUUGUAAGACAAAGCACUUGCAACUGGCUGGUGGUACCAAGAACUUGCCGAGUGCUGAACUUGGUUCUGGAAUGGAGUUCAUGUCGCCCAGGAGGGCGUCACCUAUGCAUCCGUCCAGUGGCGGAGGCGGAGGAGGAGGUUUCUCUGCUCCGAUUGGCGGCGGCGGAGGCGGAGGAGGAGGUCGCGGACGAGGCAGGGUGACCCGCGACCGCGACAUCAUCGGUACCACCAUCAAAAUAACACGUGGGCCUUACAAGGGCAAUAUCGGUAUCGUCAAAGACGCCACUCAAGCAACAGCACGUAUCGAACUGCACACCUCCUGUCAAACCAUAUCGGUGGACAGGAACAACAUCGCAGACGUGGGGGCCACCGCUGGCAAAGAAGGCAGCUUCACCAGCUAUGGCAAGACUCCCUCGUACGCCGGCAACCAGACCCCAUUGUACAGGGACACUGGCAACAAAACACCGAUGUGCGAUUCCGGUUCCAGGACACCUCUGCAUUACGGUUCAAUGACGCCACUGCACGACGGCUCUCGCACCCCCAACGCCCACUCGGAAUGGGACCCGAGCAUCUCCAACACAUACCCAAGUCCUGGCUACAAUCCCAGCACUCCUGGCUACCAGAUGAACGGUCCCUUCACGCCGCAAACUCCCGGUACGAUGUACGAGAGCACCUACAGCCCCUACCAGACCUCGCCUGGUUACCAGAGUGCCAUUUCCACCCCCAGUCCGGGCACAGGUUACGGCCAAAGUCCGGCUAGUAAUAAUCCGUACAACACCCCCAGCUCUGGCUACAGCCCCAACAUGCAGUACAAUCCCCAGACACCGGGAGCCGGUUUGGACGUCCUACCCAUGACCGACUGGCACACCGUCGACAUAGAAGUACGAAUCAGGGAUAGUCACGAUGACGCAGGCCUGGUGGGACAAACGGGCGUGAUCCAGAGCAUUUCCGGCGCCCUUUGUUCCGUUUUUCUGCCGGAAGAGGACCGUGUCGUUACCAUUAUGUCGGAUCAUUUGGAUCCGGUGACGCCGCAGCGUGGCGACGAGUUCAAAGUUAUUAUCGGGGAGGAGAGAGAGGCGACCGGCGAGCUCUUGUCCAUUGAUGUGCUAGAAGGUGUCGUUAAGAUUAAGGAGGAGAUUAAGAUGUUGCCGCUGCAAAACCUAUGCAAGAUGAGGAAGGCGGAGCACUAAUCUAGUUUAUUUUAUACAUGUCAUGUAUAAACGUAUUUUUAAAAUACUUGUUGGCUUAUAGCUGCAAAAUAAAAUUAAUUGCAACAAUAUAA